GUAAACCAUUUUAAAAGUUUCUUGGCAUUCGUUUCUCUCUCGCUCCCUGUUGUGUUGUUUUCUUGAAAGUCGGGUUUCUUGUCUCUGUACAAAACAAAAUCCACCCAUGCGCACAUCGAAUCUCUCUCUCUUUUUCUUGUUGACAGAAAACCCUCCAUUUGAGUCAUCAUCAAAUUCUUCAUUGUCAUCUUCUUUACUUUCUUGUGUUUUUCUUUUUCUUCAAUCUUUAAUAUUGGUGCUUUCUUUCUUCCUUCUUCUUGUUGAGCCCUGAUCUGGUGCCCCAAAAUACCCACAUUUGUUGUUCUUUGGAAACCCCAUCUGAAAAGAUCCCCACCCUGUGUCUGGGACUUAAAAUGUUUCUAACUUUUGCUUCUUAAUAGCUUUGGAUUUAUUAUUUUCUUCUCAAGGAAAUAUUCGUUUCUUCUGUACAGGUUAUUCUAAUCUAGAACGAUUCUCGUGGAAAACGUCUUCUUGGGUGUAACCCAGAUGUGGACCAUCAUCAUUUGAGAAGCAAAAUUGCUCUUUAAAAACUGAGUUUUGGGAGUUAUUUUGCUUUUAGGGUUUGUUUGUUCCAUCUUUCUUUCUUUUCUUCGUUCCCUUUCUCUAACAUGAAUUCUCCACAAAAUCACUCUUUUAGGACUUUCAUUGUCGAAAUCAGAAGAUGCCCAAUUGACUACUUUCUUCAAUAACUUCAUCUCAGCUACUUUUACACCCAAACCUGAAUAGUUUCCGGUUUCUUUUAGGACAUUUUGCAAGCAAGUCUGCAGUUCGAAGUUUUCUCCUUUUUACCCCUAGAUUGCCUAUCGUAAACAUGGGUUGUGUCCACGGCAAGUGUUGUAGUCGUUACCCGUCAUCAUCAGACGGUGAUUCGAGGAACCACCCUGAAGCGGUUCGUGUUGCUAAUAAACACUUGCUCACUCAGAGAUCGCUGGAGACUAUUCCUGUCCCUUCCCAUAACUUAAAAUUGCAGUACUCUGUUCUGACUCAGCGAGGUUACUACCCAGACUCGCCAGAUAAGGAAAAUCAAGACAGUUUCUGCAUUAAAACUCAAAUUCACGGUAAUCCAAAUAUCCAUUUCUUUGGUGUAUUUGAUGGGCAUGGUCAAUAUGGUGCUGAAUGUUCAAAUUUCGUGAAGGAUAGGUUAGUUGAGAUAUUAUCAAAUGAUCCCACGUUGUUGAAUGACCCUGCUAAAGCUUAUAGUUCUGCAUUUUCAAGGACGAACUCUGAGUUACAUAGUAGUAAAAUUGAUGAUACGAUGAGUGGUACCACUGCAAUAACGGUUCUUGUUAUUGGAGAUAAGAUUUAUGUUGCCAAUGUGGGUGAUUCCAGAGCAGUAAUUGCCGUUAAAAAUGGGAAUAGAAUUAUAGCUGAGAAUUUGUCCAAUGAUCAAACCCCAUUUAGGAAAGAUGAGUAUGAGAGGGUGAAGUUAUGUGGGGCUAGAGUUCUGAGUGUUGAUCAAGUGGAAGGUUAUGCGGAUCCUGAUAUACAGACGUGGGACAAUGAGGAAAGUCAAGGGGGUGAUCCUCCAAGGUUGUGGGUGCAGAAUGGGAUGUAUCCUGGGACCGCAUUUACAAGAAGUGUAGGGGAUAGUACAGCUGAGACAAUCGGGGUUAUUGCUGAUCCAGAGGUUUCCAUUGUUCAGCUCACGCCCAAUCAUUUGUUCUUUGUGGUUGCAAGUGAUGGAGUUUUUGAGUUCCUCUCAAGCCAAGCCGUUGUUGAUAUGGUGGCACAAUAUACCGAUCCCCGAGAUGCAUGUGCAGCCAUUGCAGGAGAGUCAUAUAAACUAUGGUUGGAGCAUGAAACUCGGACAGAUGAUAUUACAAUUAUUAUUGUGCACAUCAAAAACUCAUCUAGUCCAGGUGCUGGUGCCACGGAUGGAACCACCGAAGUCAAUAGGAAUCCAGUGAGUUCAAGGACACGAAAAGAAAGUUCUGGCUUCUCCAUUGGCUCUGGGUCUGAAAUUUACCGUUCAAUGAGGAGUGAAUUCUCAGACCAGCAACUUUCAGUGAAUCGAAGUGCAGCUAUUGUUGUUCCAUCUCCAUCACAUCAGAGGUCCUUGGAAUUGUAAUCUUACCAUAUGGAUGGGGGUUAGUGAUCCUGCUUGUGAAACUGAAGACAAUUUGUUCCUUGUACAAGAUGUACUUGCCCCAAGGAUCUCCAGGCAGGACAUUUUUUUUUCCUACUACUGUUGCUGAAACACUGCCACUAACCGGUGACCACACAAUUGCUUCAGGAGAAAAGAAUGCUUUCCAUUAUGCUGUAACCAAGCAGGUGCUAAAUCCAAACGCAAGGACUUGUGUACCAAAGUUGGAGAGAUUGCUGGAGGCGGGAAAUGAUAGUUAUAAAUUUCAUUAAGAUAUAUAUACUCUCUCGUUCACACUGUAUUCAGGAAGAAGAAAUGCCAUAAAGUUGCAUGCUUUGAUACCAGCUCAACCAUUUGCAAUUUUGAAUUUCUUAAUUCAAUUUACUAUCGCACAUCACUCCUAUAUCUCUAUUAACGGUAGUAUGAUAUUGUUAUAAUAGAAUCUGCAUUUCCUUCA